GACCCAUGCAGGGAGUCACAUAUAGACACAGCCGGCCACUCAUGAGCCAGCCAAACAAGCACCACACGCACUCACCCUCUGUCAAACUGACAGAAUUCAGCGUUGACGCAGCAAUACCUUCGCCCGUACGCACAUCCGAUGGCAUCGAUCCCCUACCAAGGACAAAGACAGCAGCACACUUUUGUGUCCUGGUUUCCGAUAGCGACGUCUCGCUUGUUACGGAUGAUGGCAUGUACGGCGUCAAACGUACGACAAAGAGGACAGACAGGCAUCAGACACUAGCAGAGUUCAGUAACACGCCGAAGGGCACCUGAUUGAGCUCCCGGGGACGCUGGCCGGUGACAACCAGGCAUUGGCCACUCCAAAAAAAGCCAGUAAGCGACAUCGAGACAAGAGCCGCCACACAAGAAAGAAGGCAUGCAUGGCCCCAAGCAUCGUACGAGAGAGGAUAGACAGGCGAAAGACACCACGCCCUAAACCCGGUCGCGUCGAAUCAGUGGAUGAGCCUCCGUGUUCAGAACCUGGGAAAUAAUCAGCGAACACGCAGUGAGGCAGCAUUUGCCGAGCUCCUUUCUCUUCUCACCCAUUUGCUGAGGUCGAGCGUCUCUCGCUCAGAGAAGAGCAAAUAGAAGUAUUUGAGCGUCUCCGCCAUGAAAAAGGACUGGGCAGGCAGGCAGGCAGGCAGGCAGGCAGACAGGCAAGCGACACACACACGCACAUACACACAUGCAGACAGGUCCCGUCCAUCCACUCGUCACGGCCACCAGUGCACAUGUACGUGCGCAUCAUGCAGGUAGUGUCUUUCUCACCUCCGUCGCAUCUUCUUGCGACUCCGGGUCGUUUGUGUCCUGCAAAAAGGAGGGACACAUCAAGGCGGAGAACGCCUCAGUUUGCGUCCCCGCACCCGCAAGAUUGCGUAUCCGAAUUUUCCACGACACGACGACUGACAGCCAUCACAAACUCAGAGCAAUGUUGUUGCCACGACGAUCUCUCCCCUCUUUUGUCGCACCCGUAUUCCCUUCCACAUUGUGGCGCCCCAUUCUCUGAAGGAGAAAACAUGUGUAACACGCCAUGUGUCACUCCAUGCCUGAUGCAUACCUGUAUUUCGUCUCCCCAGUGAAAUACCACAUCAAGUACACGCUUUCUAUUGCCUCUGGCCGCAACAGAUAUCGCCUGUCGCCCCUGUUCGGAUCGAACUCCACUGGCGCCGAGGGAUCAGCAGAGCGAAAGACAAACCGCUCCCGCCCGACACCGGUAGCACUUAGGUAGUAGGGAAGGAAGCCUAUGCAUGGGAGGAAGGGGGCAGGAAACAUGAGACAUGGUGAUGAGGCGUACAUCUAUUCACGACGAGGCCGUGAUUUGCUUACAGGCCUGGGUUAUUGCCUCGGCCUGCUUCAUCCAUUGUAUCUCUUUGGCCUUGGCCAUCUCGAGCUCUCUUUGCCCCAAUAUAACCUGCACACAGGAGAGAAAGACAGCACACCCAGGGAUGGAUGGAUGGAUGGACGGGGGCACACGCAUACAGGGUGGGAGACGUGGUGUUUACCAUGCCCGGUGCGAAGCACGCUAAGUGCUCCUACGUUCCCGCGAGAACACAAGGCAGUUGAUGACUUCCCCACCUUUGCAUCAGCAUACCAUUUCUAGAUUGGAAGGAUCGCUGAAACCGCCUGGAGCAGCCACAACCUAGAAAGCGUGUGAAGGUGACGGCCAAGAAAGAGAAACACACAGACGAUCUCUCUCUUGGUCGAUCUUACUGUGACGGCUCCCGAAUUGUCCAUCUUGACAAGUUGCUCGAACAUCUCGUCCAUCGCCAGUUCCCAGUCUGUGCUGUACUCCUCCAUACCCGUUUGUUUGAAGGUACCACUUCAAUAUGUACUCG